AUGUCGUCCCCCUUUCUUCCACUGUCCUCUCCCCCGGACUCGCCGCUGCGUCCGCGACGACCGAGUCUGGACCCCGAGCGCGAAAUCCUCUCCACUCGGGGCCAGCGCUUGAUGAACUUCUUGCCGACGCGCGCAUCGAGUUUGGCCCUGAAUGACAUGGAUGAUGAUCAAUCGGAACGUCGCCUCUUUCUUCGUCGAGGAUCCUUCUUGAUUGGGAGUAGCAAUCCGCGCUAUGAGUGCCGGCAAUACUACGAACGGACCAACAGCCUCAUUUCGCAAUACCUCUACAUUGACCGGUUGCUGGAUUCUUCACUGCCCCACAACUUGAUCGAAGAUUACAGUGAAACCCAUCCCGAACGUCGGAUCGAGCAGCCUGAAGUGAGUGACCUUGGUGCCGAGGAGACCAAUGCCAAGUCAGGGAGGAUCAAGCGCACCCCUCACAACCUCUAUCGAAUCCCCGACGAAACAACUCCUCUGGUCUCAUCCCCGGGCGAAACUCGCAGCUCUCUGGAGCCAUUGCCAGACCUGGAAUCGCACGGAGGUAUGGCGCCCGAUGACGAGGAGCGCAUCAUCAACAUUGCCAUCCGCAUCAACCUCAUUGCCAAUGUCGCCCUCCUCGCCUCCAAGAUUGCGAUUAUGGCCAUGACGGACUCCAUGUCCAUGCUGGCAGGCCUUGUUGAUGGCGUUUUGGACUUCCUCAGCACCGUCAUCGUCUGGGUGACCACCAUCAUGAUCCGUCGCCAAGAUCGCAAUAGGUUUCCGAUCAGCCGUCGGCGCCUGGAGCCCGUCAGCGUGCUCAUAUUUUCCGUGAUCAUGGUGACAUCUUUCUUUCAGGUUGCCUUGUCUUCGAUGAAACAGCUCAUGGGCGAGGAUCGCACGGUUGUUGAGCUGUCCCUCCCAUCUCUCGUCUUGAUGGGAGGCACUGUCUUAGUAAAGCUGCUUUGUUGGAUCUGGUGUCGCCUGAUUCCUAGCCCGAGUGUUCAGGUUCUUGCUCAGGAUGCCAUGACCGAUGUCAUCUUCAAUACCUUCAGCAUCAUUUUCCCGCUGAUUGGCACUUUUGCGAAUCUCUGGUACCUGGAUCCAUUGGGCGGUCUGUUCCUUUCCCUGUAUAUCAUGUGGAACUGGGGCGAAACGGCCGCGGAAUACAUUCGGCGGUUAACAGGCGCAGCGGCGACCCCAGAUGACCAUAGCAUCUUGCUGUACAUGACCAUGCGCUUCUCUCGGGUCAUUCUCAAGAUCCAAGACUUGAAAGCCUACUACGCAAGCGACAAACUCAACGUCGAAGUAGAUCUCGUCGUUGACGAGAAAAUGAGCCUGCGGGAUAGUCAUGAUGUCGGCGAGAGUCUUCAGUACAUUAUCGAGAGCGUCCCUACCGUCGACCGUGCAUUUGUGCACCUGGACUACAAUGUGUGGAAUUUGCCCAGCCACAUGAAUCAGAUGGACCGAUGA